GAGGGGCGGGGCUCAGAUUCCUGUCAGCGGCGGCGGCGGUGGCGGCGACCGUCAGUUUUCGCUGAGGAGAAACACGAAACGGACCCUUUGCCUCUCCCCCUUCCCCUUCCCCGUCCUGAACCCCUCUCCUGGCCACCGAGAAUCAGUCCCCGUGGAGUUCCCCCUCCACCUCGCCAUCGUUUCGUCGGUCCUCGGCCCGGUGGAAGUCACUACCCUCGAGGAGGAGGCAGCGGCAGCCGCCCUCGCGUCGCCGCCCCCGGUUCGGUGCCCGCGGUCCCGGAGAGGAGGUGCCGCCGCCACCGCCGCUCCCCCCCUCCCGCUGCCCACGGGCCGGGCUGGGUCGAGCUGCGAUGCCCUCGGACUUCAUCUCAUUGCUCAGCGCGGACCUAGACCUGGAAUCGCCCAAGUCCCUGUACUCGCGAGAUUCUCUGAAGUUACACCCAUCACAGAAUUUUCAUAGAGCUGGACUAUUGGAAGAAUCUGUCUAUGAUCUUCUCCCAAAGGAGUUACAGUUACCUCCAUCUAGAGAAACAUCUGUAGCAUCAAUGAGUCAGACAAGCGGUGGUGAGGCAGGCUCGCCUCCUCCAGCUGUUGUUGCUGCUGAUGCUUCUUCAGCUCCCUCCUCUUCCUCCAUGGGCGGUGCUUGCAGCUCCUUUACCACCUCUUCCAGCCCUACCAUUUAUUCUACCUCAGUCACCGACAGCAAGGCUAUGCAAGUGGAGAGCUGCUCCUCAGCCGUGGGGGUAAGUAACAGAGGGGUAAGUGAAAAGCAGUUAACCAGUAACACAGUUCAGCAGCAUCCAUCAACACCGAAGAGGCACACAGUCUUGUACAUCUCACCACCACCUGAGGACUUGCUGGAUAACAGUCGGAUGUCCUGCCAGGAUGAGGGGUGUGGAUUGGAAUCUGAGCAGAGCUGCAGUAUGUGGAUGGAGGAUUCCCCCUCCAACUUCAGUAACAUGAGCACCAGUUCCUACAAUGAUAACACUGAGGUACCUCGUAAAUCACGAAAACGAAAUCCAAAGCAGAGGCCGGGGGUCAAACGACGAGAUUGUGAAGAAUCUAAUAUGGAUAUAUUUGAUGCCGACAGUGCCAAAGCACCUCACUAUGUGCUUUCUCAGCUUACCACGGACAACAAAGGCAACUCAAAAGCGGGAAAUGGAACAUUGGAAAACCAAAAAGGCACUGGAGUAAAGAAGAGCCCUAUGUUGUGUGGACAAUAUCCUGUUAAAAGUGAGGGAAAGGAGCUGAAGAUAGUUGUACAACCUGAGACACAGCACCGAGCUCGGUACCUGACUGAGGGCAGCCGCGGCUCAGUAAAAGAUAGAACACAGCAAGGCUUUCCUACAGUAAAGCUGGAAGGCCAUAAUGAACCUGUAGUGUUGCAAGUGUUUGUGGGUAACGACUCUGGACGAGUGAAACCACAUGGAUUUUAUCAGGCCUGCAGGGUAACUGGACGAAAUACAACUCCUUGCAAAGAAGUGGACAUUGAAGGCACUACUGUUAUAGAAGUCGGCCUUGAUCCUAGCAACAACAUGACACUGGCGGUGGACUGCGUAGGGAUAUUGAAAUUGAGGAAUGCUGAUGUUGAAGCCAGAAUAGGAAUUGCUGGUUCCAAGAAAAAAAGCACUCGUGCCAGAUUGGUUUUUCGAGUUAAUAUCACAAGGAAAGAUGGCUCCACUUUGACACUGCAAACACCCUCUUCUCCAAUUUUGUGUACUCAGCCAGCAGGAGUGCCAGAAAUCUUAAAGAAAAGCUUGCAUAGCUGUUCAGUGAAAGGAGAAGAAGAAGUAUUUUUAAUCGGCAAGAACUUUCUGAAAGGAACUAAAGUUAUUUUCCAAGAAAAUGUUUCUGAUGAAAACUCUUGGAAGUCAGAAGCUGAAAUUGAUAUGGAAUUAUUUCAUCAGAAUCAUCUUAUUGUGAAGGUUCCCCCCUAUCAUGACCAACAUAUAACUUUGCCUGUGUCAGUGGGAAUAUAUGUAGUGACAAAUGCUGGAAGAUCUCAUGAUGUUCAACCAUUCACUUACACUCCAGACCCAGCAGCAGCUGGUGCUUUGAAUGUAAAUGUGAAGAAGGAAAUCUCUAGUCCAGCAAGACCUUGCUCUUUUGAAGAGGCCAUGAAAGCAAUGAAAACUACUGGAUGCAAUUUAGAUAAGGUAAAUAUUAUCUCUAAUGCCCUGAUGACUCCACUCAUACCAAGCAGUAUGAUUAAGAGUGAAGAUGUUACUCCAAUGGAAGUAACAGCAGAAAAAAGAUCUUCCACUAUUUUUAAGGCUACAAAGUCAGUUGGAUCAACUCAGCAAACAUUAGAAAACAUCUCAAACAUAGCAGGAAAUGGCUCUUUUUCAUCACCAUCAUCUUCCCACCUACCUUCUGAAAAUGAAAAACAGCAGCAGAUUCAGCCCAAGGCAUACAAUCCAGAGACCCUGACAACUAUUCAAACCCAGGACAUCUCACAGCCUGGUACUUUUCCAGCAGUUUCUGCUUCUAGUCAGCUGCCCAACAGCGAUGCACUAUUGCAGCAGGCUACACAGUUUCAGACAAGAGAAACUCAGUCUAGAGAGGUAUUACAGUCAGAUGGCACAGUGGUUAAUUUGUCACAACUGACUGAGGCGUCACAACAACAGCAGCAGUCACCACUACAAGAACAAGCACAGACUUUACAGCAGCAGAUUUCAUCAAAUAUUUUUCCGUCACCAAAUAGUGUGAGUCAGCUUCAGAAUACUAUUCAGCAGCUGCAAGCAGGGAGUUUUACAGGCAGUACUGCUGGUGGCAGCAGUGGAAGUGUUGACUUGGUCCAACAAGUUUUAGAGGCACAGCAACAGUUAUCUUCAGUUUUAUUUUCUGCUCCAGAUGGUAAUGAGAAUGUUCAAGAGCAGCUUAGUGCAGAUAUUUUUCAACAAGUCAGUCAAAUUCAGAGUGGUGUAAGCCCUGGAAUGUUUUCCUCAACAGAGCCAACAGUCCAUACCAGACCAGAUAAUUUAUUACCUGGAAGAGCUGAAAGUGUUCACCCACAGUCUGAAAACACGUUAUCUAAUCAACAGCAGCAGCAGCAGCAACAGCAAGUGAUGGAAUCUUCAGCCGCAAUGGUGAUGGAGAUGCAACAGAGUAUCUGCCAGGCAGCUGCUCAGAUUCAGUCAGAGUUAUUCCCUUCAACUGCUUCAGCAAAUGGAAACCUUCAGCAAUCGCCAGUUUACCAGCAGACUUCUCACAUGAUGAGUGCAUUGUCUACCAAUGAGGAUAUGCAAAUGCAGUGUGAAUUGUUUUCUUCUCCUCCUGCAGUUUCUGGAAAUGAAACUUCUACAACUACCACACAGCAGGUUGCAACCCCUGGCACUACCAUGUUUCAGACAUCAAGUUCAGGAGAUGGAGAAGAAACUGGAACACAAGCAAAACAGAUUCAGAACAGUGUCUUUCAGACCAUGGUCCAAAUGCAACAUAGUGGGGACAAUCAACCUCAAGUUAACCUUUUUUCAUCCACAAAAAGUAUGAUGAGUGUUCAGAAUAGUGGUACCCAACAACAAGGUAAUGGUUUAUUCCAGCAAGGGAAUGAGAUGAUGUCACUUCAAUCUGGAAAUUUUUUGCAGCAGUCUUCUCAUUCACAGGCCCAACUUUUUCAUCCUCAAAAUCCUAUUGCCGAUGCUCAGAACAUUUCCCAGGAAACUCAAGGUUCUCUCUUUCAUAGUCCAAAUCCUAUUGUCCACAGUCAGACUUCUACAACCUCCUCUGAACAAAUGCAGCCUCCGAUGUUUCACUCUCAAAGUACCAUUGCUGUGUUACAGGGCUCUUCAGUUCCUCAAGACCAGCAGUCAACCAACAUAUUUCUUUCCCAGAGUCCCAUGAAUAAUCUUCAGACUAACACAGUAGCCCAGGAAGCAUUUUUUGCAGCACCGAACUCAAUUUCUCCACUUCAGUCAACAUCAAACACUGAACAACAAGCUGCUUUCCAACAGCAAGCUCCAAUAUCACACAUCCAGACGCCUAUGCUUUCCCAAGAACAGGCACAACCCCCCCAGCAGGGUUUAUUUCAGCCUCAGGUGUCCCUGGGCUCCCUUCCACCUAAUCCAAUGCCUCAAAGCCAACAAGGAACCAUGUUCCAGUCACAGCACUCAAUAGUUGCCAUGCAGAGUAACUCUCCAUCCCAGGAGCAGCAGCAGCAGCAGCAACAGCAGCAGCAGCAGCAGCAACAACAACAACAGAGCAUUUUAUUCAGUAAUCAGAAUACCAUGGCUACAAUGGCGUCUCCAAAGCAACCACCACCAAACAUGAUAUUCAACCCAAAUCAAAAUCCAAUGGCUAAUCAGGAGCAACAGAACCAGUCAAUUUUUCACCAACAAAGUAACAUGGCCCCAAUGAAUCAAGAGCAACAGCCCAUGCAAUUUCAGAGUCAGUCCACAGUUUCCUCACUUCAGAACCCAGGUCCUACCCAGUCGGAAUCAUCACAGACCCCCUUGUUCCAUAGCUCUCCUCAGAUUCAGUUGGUACAAGGGUCACCUAGUUCUCAAGAGCAGCAAGUAACACUCUUCUUAUCUCCAGCAUCCAUGUCUGCCUUGCAGACCAGUAUAAAUCAACAAGAUAUGCAACAGUCUCCUCUUUAUUCGCCUCAGAACAACAUGCCUGGAAUUCAAGGGGCCACAUCUUCGCCUCAAUCACAGGCUACUUUAUUUCACAACACAGCAGGAGGCACAAUGAACCAACUACAGAAUUCUCCUGGCUCAUCUCAGCAGACAUCAGGAAUGUUCUUAUUUGGCAUUCAAAAUAACUGUAGUCAGCUUUUAACCUCUGGACCAGCUACAUUGCCUGAUCAGUUGAUGGCCAUAAGUCAGCCAGGCCAACCACAAAACGAGGGCCAGCCACCUGUGACAACACUUCUUUCUCAGCAAAUGCCAGAGAAUUCUCCACUGGCAUCCUCUAUAAACACCAACCAGAACAUCGAAAAGAUUGAUUUGCUUGUUUCAUUGCAAAACCAAGGGAACAACUUGACUGGCUCCUUUUAACUGGAUAUAAAUUCCACGAAGAAAAUCCUGAUUCCAAGAUGUCCUGAGAUCUUGUGGUUCCAUGAGAAUUAUUACUUUAAAAACAAAAUAUGAAAAACUGUAUUUGAGUAAAUUGAUAGAUUUUACUCUGACUGCAAAAGAGCACACCUAUGCUGCUUGUUGCGGUGACUAACCACCAAUGUUAACAUCUUCAUAUUUUGUAUUCCUAAUAACAGUGAUGACUGAGAAUCUAUUUGAGUUUCCAGCUGGCAGAAUUAAUUGUUAUUAUUUUCCUAGGCGCAAUUUCCUUAAACGUACAGUUUAAAUUUGAGGCUGGACCACUCAGUUAUUAUUGCUAUUAGAAAAUAAUAUAUAAUGUUUACUUUCGUUCUUCAUUAUUUUCUUUCCUGCAUUGUUUUAGUCAAGUAAUGGCUUUUGAAAAAGUAAAGUUCAAUAAUAACUAAGGCUGUGAUUUGUUUCAAUAUAAAAGGCACAGCUGUUGGCCAAAGUGAAGGAAUCUUUUUUCAGUUUUAUUGGAGAAACUGAAGGGGUAACAUUCUAACAAGUAAACUGUAUAUGCAGAUAAAAGUACUCUUCAUUUAACACAAAGGCAGAUGAUACACUUAUAAAACUGGGAACAGCUGGAAUGCUAUUGAUUUUAUUUUUUCAGAGAGCUGUUAGUUCUCUGGGUUUCUACUAAGGGGUUUAGCCAUAACUGUGCAUAGAAAAAUAAUUAUCUUUAUCUGUAAAAAAUGAAGGGGAUAAUAUAUGAUAAAUUAUGUUCUGAUAUCCUCCUACAGUAGUUUAAAUUGACAGAAAAAUUUGAGUGUUUUCUUCUAAAUCCAGUCUUAGGCUGGUAUUCCCUUUUUAUAUAUAUCUAUAUUACUUUUCACCUCUUUUUCACUUUAGAGAACUAUUAAUAUACUACUGGCUUCAUGACCCUGUAGCAUCUUUGGCCACUUUAAUCUAGGGUGACCUAGCAAUCCUGCAGCACAGGGCAGAGAGUACUCUCUUAGGAAUUAUUGGGAGUUGAUUCCUGAGAAAUAACACAUUUUUCCCCAUGAACGGUGCUGUUCUGAAGUCUUCAAAUUUUUCCCGCUAAUAGGAAACAGUAUAAAUUUUAAUUAAAAACAAAAAAGGCAAACUAAAAUUUCUUGAAACAUCACUUCUCCCUGAUCUGCAGUGAGUAUAAAUUCACUUGUCACCUCAGUGCUUUACAGUUUGAAGUGGUCAUUUACCUGAUGGUUCCCACAAGCCUUAGGCUUUACAGGGUUGUAUCAUUGACUUAAAAUGAAGAAUUAACUUGUGUUACAUCUAUAAAGAGCAAAAUAACACACUCCAGAACUUGGCAGUUGUAGCAUUAGUUAUACAGUUUUGGGUGUUCUUGCCACCCGUGGGAUGCCUGCUUCUCACUACCACCUGUGUCUGGACACAUGUUUAUGUCUCAUUUUCCUUUUGGCAUGUGGAAAGCUGUCAAUGCAGUGUAAGGCCAACAUGUGUGUGGCUUCUAUGUGUUGAGAUAAUGUUUUGGUAUCCUUGUCCGUUUCAUUUAUUUUUUAAGUGUACAAAAAAUAACCUGUUAAUUGUUGAAGGCUACUUUUCUGUUCUUUUUUUGUUGUUGUUCUAUCCUGUACAUUUAGUUGAACUGUGUGGAAUUGUGGUGUUGGUUUUGUUUAUACAGCCAGAUUUUUCCUUCUUUUUUUUUGUGAUGAUCUUCCUUUGUUCUUCGAAUGUGCUCUUUUGUCUUUUUCUCUUUUUUCUCAUGUUUUCUUCCUUCCACUUCCACCCCUUUCUUUCUUUCUCUCUCUGAUUGAGAGGCAUUGAAUUAUGUUUUCAGUAGUACAGGCUUCUUGCCGAUAUGAAGGGAACUUUUCAGAAAGAGACCUACUCUGGGUCAUUUAAUUUUGAAUACAGUUUUCAAUCGUUCAAGUUUUGGAUGGUUUAUAUCUAAUGUGUGUUUCAUUUUUUUGGAAAGCUAUAUUUUGUAUUUAGGAAAUGGUAUACUAUUUUGCUAUUUGUACUGAGUGAGUACAUUGGCAUAAAUAUAGAAAUUUAUAUAUAUACAUAUAUAUAAACUAUUCUUUUUUGCCACACAUUUUUGUGGUAAAUUUGUGAGUUUGUCUGAUGUUCUACCACAACGUGGCGUCUGAUAACAGUGAGGGGGGGUGGGGUUUGUUAUGUCUUUAUUGAGUAUUUAAGUAUCUUUUGAAACAAAUGACAUGUUCAUCUGUGGCCAUUCCAUCAGGCAGUUCCUUGAUGUCAGUAGUGGGCUAAAGGCAGCUUACUGUGUGUUUGCUGGAGCUUUCACUCAGCCAAGUGUUAGAGUCAGGAAACCCAUUGAGGCAAUGGCAUCAAAUGGUGUUUCACAAGAAUGAGCCAUUCAGUCUUUGCUCACUAUAUAUUUAAUAUUUUAUUAUUGUUGUUAUUGUUAUUAUUAAUUGGCUUUCUGUAUUCUAUGCCUUUUAUUUAUAAAGACACUAAGAAAACCCAUGUUUGUAAUUUUAAUAACAUUUUUCCCAUCUUGUAAUAUCCAGAGCUACUUUAUAAAUUCUCUGAACCAAAAGUAUUUUCCUCAGUGUAUCUCUUCUCCCCCAGCCGCUAUUGGGAAAAAUUACCCAGUAUAGUUCAGGUUAUGAGGAGGAUCAGCCACACAAUCCAGUGCUUCAGUUUGAAAAUGUAAAACUCUAACCCUAAAGUAGGGUUGGUUGAAAUUUCAGACAAAGCAAACCCAGCAGGUAUAAAAAGUAGUAGAAAUAAAAAUCUGUAAGUUAUUUUUGAAUUUUCUGAACUUUUUUCUAAGAGAUUACAUAGGAGACUAAAGAAAUCUAUCUGUUCACCAAGUUCUAAUUAGGAUGAUUGUUAAUACUGCACUGUGGAUGAAGUGGCGACUGGCUUGUGUGCUGACUUCUGUGGUUUCGCAAGAGGUUUGUUGUUAUCAAAUGCUGAUUGGCAAUGCCAAGUCACUGGGACCAAUUUUCUGUUUUAUAAUAUCUAAGUUUAGAACAGAAUAUAUACCUGAACUGUAGUGGUUUGAUUGGAUGGAGGCAGAAAAGCCGAUUUUUAUUCUCAUAAAUUUUGUGGUUAUUUAUACAAGGGCUGUGCUAUGCUACCAUAUUCUUGUUCAAUAAUAAUAGGUUUGUUGUUUUUUUUACAUUGUUAAAUGUUCCUUACCCCUAAAGGUCAAUGUUAAGUACAACAUUCUGAAAAUACAAUUUGGCUACAAAGAGUAUUCAUCUUCUUUGAAGCUCAGUGGUUGAUAUUUGUGCUAAUAAUGCAAUUUCCUGAUUACUGUUACAAGUUAUAGCUACAUAUGGGAGAGACUCAGUGAGCCAGCCAAGGCCAUAGAAACAACAAUUUAUUAAAUGUAUUUAUGGCAGAAGGACCUAAAUAAACUGUGAGCCACCUUUUCUUCUUUAUAUUGUUACAUUUAAUUGUUCUUGCUUUCAGCAACUCACAUUAAUGCUUGGAGCUUAUCUCUCUCUCUCUCUCUCUCUCUCUCUCUCUCUCUCUCUCUGUGUGUGUGUCUGUGUGUGUGUGUGUGUGUGUAUGUGUGUGUGUGAUUCCUUAUUAUCAUUCCAUUAUAUAUCCACACCAACAUGGGUGAAGAUAAUUCAAAGUCAUAUUUUGCCUCUAAGCUUGAUCAUGUUACCUUUAUGAUUAAAGUAUCAUGUUAUUUAGCCAAUGCAAAUCUGUUUUAAAACAGUUUUAAAAAAAGAACAAGUUUUUAAGGGCUUUAUUAUAGAAGAAGUAUUAAUGAAGGACUUUCCUUCCUCCCUCCCUUUCCUCCCCUCCCUGCCUCCCUUCCCUUCCUUCUCACCCUCCUCCCUGCCUUCUUCGUUUCUCCUUCCCUUAUUCCUCCCUCCCUCCUUCCUCCCUUCCUUCCUUCCAUCCAUCCUUCCUUGUCUUUUAUUUUAUUUUUAUUUUUUGUAAUAUCACAUGUGCUGUAGUUAGGAAUUUUAUUCUAGUGCAUUUCUUACCCAUCAGAACCUCAGCUCAUCUACCUAGGAAAUAACAGUAUCAAAGGAAAUGAGAAAGUUGUAUCUGAGUCCUUCCAGAACUAAGAUAAUUCUUUUUGACCAUUUAAGCCUUUAUAAAUGCUUUUUGACCAUUUAAGCCUUUAUAAAUGCUUGUUUUAGGAAAGUGAAUCUGUUAGAUGCAUCAACAAAUAAUGAACAGGAUAAAAUGAUUUAAUAAUUAAAGUCUCAAAUUCACCAUGGUUAUACAUUUUCACCAGAAAUAAUAAUCUUACAAUUUUUCAUUUUUCUGAUGAAGAUUUCUGUUCCAGUAUCUGUUUCCUGAUUGAUUUUUUAAAUUAAUUAGCUUUCCUCUGCUUUAUGACCAUAGGUUUUAUCCCUAACCAAGACAGCUGUCUUAUAUCUGCAUGCCUUAGACUGUGUGGAGGGACUCCAUGAAGAAAGACCAUAGGUUAGAAAAAUAACUCAGAGUAUAUACCCUAGUAAGUGGGUUAGUAGAAUCUCAUAACAUGUAUUAAAAAGAGGUUUUCUUCUCUGCUUGUUUGUGUUACUAGAGCAAAAUUGUAGAGAUAAUGCGCAUAAUGUAGUAAAUAUCAGAAUAAUAUCUACAAUAUCAUUUGUGGAUGGUCCCAGUGCUCUAGUUACUUUACUUCUUUUUUGAGACGGAGUCUUGCUCUGUCUCUCAGGCUAGAGCAGUGUGCAAUCUGGGCUUACUGCAACCUCUGCCUCCCAGAUUCAAGCGAUUCUCCUGCCUCAGCCUCCCGAGUAGCCAGGAUUACAGGCACCCUCCACUAGGCCCAGCUAAUUUUUUUUUAUUUUUUUUAGUAGAGACGGGGUUUUGCCAUGUUGGCCAGGCUGGUUUCGAACUCCUAACCUCCAGUGAUCCACCUGCCUUAGCCUCCCAAAGUGCUAGGAUUACAGGCAUGAGCCACCACAUCUGGCCUAAUUACUUCUUUAAUCCCCAUUUAUUUUUAUGCCAUUCUAGCCUCAUUUAUUAAUAAAAUUGUGUUUUUACUUUCUCUUUCAGGAAAUUUUUUAAAUUAACAUUUUAUAUCUAGAUCAAAUGCUAUGGAAAAGUGCCUUUUUAUCAUUUAUAAUUUCAUUUUUCACUAUUUCCAAAAACACAUAAAUAGUUUCAAUAGGUCCCAGCUUUCACUUUUUCCAUUUAAACCUUCUUUUCUCAAUUUCUUCCCUUUGGCUUAAGAAUAAAAGAAAAGGUACAUUGCUAGAAUUAUUUCUUUGGGAGAGAGUAAAAGAUUACAGAAUUAGACUGUUCAGGCUUUAUAUAAAUUAAAUUUGUCUUCAUCUCAACCAGCUAAUGGUAGGUCUUAUCUGAAUACUGAUGAGAAUUUUAGCAUCUGUGAAACUCCAUGCACACAGAUGUGUGUAAAUUUCCAGAAGAAAUUGUUGAAAGCAUUUUCUCUGGUGUUAAUUAGAUGGAAAUAAAUCACUAAAACAUAGUUUAGGUAAAGCCUGAUUAUGUCACUUUUUUUUAACUAGACAGGGCAAAGUUGUUUAUGUUAGUGUACUUCUUGUCUAUCCUCAGUUAAUUUACCUAAAAAAAAGUGUCAAAGGAAAUGAGAAAAAAAUUAUAUCUGAGUCCUUCCAGACCUAAGAUAAUUCCUUUUAUCGGAUACAGUCGGAUGGAGUGCCUCGGUUUUUGUUAAUUUUGCCUCUGUUCCAGCUCCCUACCACAGUGGUGGUGCUUGAAGAAAGGGCCAUCAGCAACAGAUCAGGAUAGUUUUACCUUUGGGAUAUGGCUGCAUGCUAGUAUUUCUGUGACUGUUAGUGGCACUGAGGACUGCAAACUUUUAUGCAAUAUUCUUAAUACCCUAUUGAUAUUAUGCACUUUAAUCAUUCCAAAGAAGCCCAGAAUGCUGUAUAGUGAUGAUUCCUUCCUAAUGAAUUCAUCUUAACUAUUUAGAAUGUUAUGUCCCUUUUCUUUUGGAUAGCCAACUUGGUAUAAAUGUUAUAUGGAUUUUUCUAAAAUGACUGUAUAGGACUUACGACUUUGAAAUGUAAUUUACUACAAGGGGAAAUAAUUACGCUUUAGCACAUCAUUUUAGAAACAUCACAUUUUAGAAACAUUCAGCUUGCUAACCUACAUGUUUGGGAAUUCAUUAAAACCAGUUGUCUUUCUAUAUAUUUUGUGCCAUGUAUAUAAGAACAUUACAAUAUAUCUUUUUCUACAUAUGUAGUAUGUGCAAACCAGUGGUUCUCAGAGUAUGGUUCUCAGCCCCACCAGCUAGUAUCAGUAUCGCCUGGGAACUAGUUAGAAAUGUAAAUUCUUGGGCCCCAUCCCAGACAUACUGAGUCAGAAACUGGAAUAGGGUCCCGCAGUCUGUUUUCACAAGCCCUCCAGGUGAUUCUGAUGCACACUUUAAAGUUUAGGAACCACUGGUCUAAGACUCUGUUGAGAUAUAGAGUUUUUCUUGCCCUCAGACUGAUACAGUUAUACAUUGUUCUUUAUGUAAAUUCAGCUUAACCUGGUUAUCUAUAAUCUUUUAUUGGCAAAAGUUUAUUCUCAGUACUGCCUAUAGAGAUACAGUGUAUUUUAUGUAUAUACACAAUUAGUCUAAUUCUUAAUAAUUCAGUUAAUUUAGUUUGGCAUUUUCCUACCACUUACUAAAAAGUUUACAUUAAAUGACUGAUUUAAAUAUAUAGGUGCAAUGUUCUAUGUUUAUUUUAAUCGUUAUGACAUUUAAGUAGCUAAUAUAAUUGACCGGUGCUAAAGUCUCCUGUUUAUCCACAAAAUGGGUAUAUUAUGGGCAGUGUAAUACAAGCUUUCUUUUCAUUGCCUAGUACUUUACCAGCAGACCACAGUUUUGCUCUGGCUAGACCAAGCCUCAGAACAAAAUCAUCAUUCCUUGUAUUUAUAUUUGUAUCUGAGAUAGUAAACAAGAUGGCUGGCCAGGUCAACAUGGCACCUUAACUUAUUUUUUUAAUAGGUAAAACUUCUUCAAAAGUAGCUUGCUUUGUAUAAGAACUAAGCUAUCAGUAGAGAUACAGCUAUCCUUGGAGCUUAUGUUUCAGACAAGAAUUAUUUACUAAAAUAAAUAAUAAACAAGAUAAUGCAUUAUACAAUUUGGACAUUUCUCCUUUCUCAAGUGUAUGCAUCAUGGUAAAUAUAAACUAACCACAAGAUAGGUAGAUUGAUUCAUUUCAUUUUAAUCUCCUUGUGUAAUUCAGUACCUCCAUAAUUGUUUUAAUCUUCUUCCCACUGUUUACAAAUUACCAGUUAAUUAACUUGUGAAAGAAAAAUUCACAUAUCAGAAUAAAAAUAAAUGUAUAUUCACUUUAUAAAAAUCACCACUGCUGUCUUUCCUUAAUACUAGCGGUGGAAAUGUAAGUGGCUUACUCUACAAAUUUUGGUGCUGGCAAAUACAUAGGCAAACUGUUGGGAGCUGCUCUAGCUACAUUCCUCCCUUAUUCCCUUUUUCUCUUCCUCACUUUAUUGCAUAAUAUAUUCCUGUACCCAAAGCAUUCUACCACAGUUCUAUUUGACUCCCGCUUGUAAUACCUCCUUUAAAAAAUUCCGUGUUUAACCAUAUGACCCUGCUUGCUUACUCAUAUUCUCCCUUCCUCUCCCCUUCCUUUCUCUCUCUUCCAGAAGUCAUUUGCCUGGUUUGAAAUAUUUUGUAGGGAUUGCUUAUUAUUAUUAUUUUAGCUGAUGAACCUCAGGACAACAUAUACACACACUUACACACAUACAUAUACGCACACAAAAUCUCAGCUGUUGAAGAGUGGGCUUGGAAUCAGACUUCUGUGUCCAGUAAAAAACUGUCCUGCACUGAAGUCAUUGUGACUUGAGUAGUUACAGACUGAUUCCAGUGAACUUGAUCUAAUUUCUUUUGAUCUAAUGAAUGUAUCUGCUGACCUUGUUUCCUUUUAAUUGAUAAGCUCCAAGUAGUUGCUAAUUUUUUGACAACUUUAACUGAGUUUCAUUCACUUCUUUUACUUAGUGUUUUAAGUAUACUACCAAUAAUUUCAUUAACCUGUUCUCAAGUGGUUUAGCUACUAUUCUGCCAUUUUUAAUUUUUAUUUAAUUUUAUUUGCUUGAGCACACUGAUCAACCACUGAACUGCCUUCUUCCGUUGUCCUGCAAUGAUAUAAGGGUUACAUUUUUGUGUAUAUGGCUUUCAUAGUUGGGAUUUCAGAGGACUGAUACCAGAUAUUUUCAGUUUGUUCUCUGGGGGAAUUUCAUUUGCAUCUAUGUUUUUAGCUAUCUGUGAUAACUUGUUAAAUAUUAAAAAGAUAUUUUGCUUCUAUUGGAACAUUUGUAUACUCGCAACUAUAUUUCUGUAAACAGCUGCAGUCAAAAAUAAAACACUGAAAGUUUUCA